AAUUGUGCAUGCCAUCAUAGGUGAGCUUGGUGGUGGCCAAGAUUCACGAGGCCGCCGCAGUCGGUGGUGUGGUGGACAUGAGUGAGCUGCUCAAGACAUUCACAUAUGACAUGGCAUGUCGCAUCGUGUCCGGAGAAUUCUUCCUAAAAGAAGGACAGAGCAAGUUGUUCCAAGACCUCACCAAUGAUACGUCACUGCUGCUAGGAGGGUUCAAGGUGGAGGAGUACUUCCCAACAUUGUCUAGGGUAGGACUGCUUAAAAGGACAGUUCGUGCAAAGGCUGAGAGACUAAGGCAUAGAUGGGCCGAUCUGCUGGACAAGGUGAUCGAUUAUCAUGAGAACAAGGACAAGUCAGUGUUAGAUAACCAGGGUAGUAAUUUCGUCGAUAUUCUCUUGUCUGUUCAGCUCGAGUAUGGUCUCACAAGAGAGCAGAUGAAAGCUCUCCUAACCGAUGUAUUUUUCGGUUUAACUGACACAUCAUCUAACACCCUCGAAUUCACAAUGGCUGAGCUCAUGAGGAGGCCCCGCCUGAUUGGGAAGCUACAAGACGAGGUAAGGAGUAUCGAACCCCGGGGACAGGAAAUUGUUAAUGAAGCCGACAUUAGCAGUAUGACAUACCUAAGAGCAGUCCUAAAGGAGUCAUUCCGAUUUCAUCCUGUU